AAAAAAAAUUAAGUAUAUUAUUUUUAAGUGGUAUGUAAAGAAAUGUUAAUUCAAUCAUAGAAAUGAAUUGAAGAUUUUAAAAUUAUGUAGAACCCAAAUUGGCAUUGGCUAGUAAAUAAUAUAUAUUAUAAGAACGACUAAAUUGAAAUCAAACGGCCGGGGAGAUUCGUAAUUUUACGUAGUUUGGUGUAAAAUGGCAGUUGUGUUUGAAAACUUCUUCUCAGCCUGGGUUCCAAUGGAGGAGGAGGACAUGUCGCCGCCGUUGCCGUCGAGUCUUCCCGCAACUCCACCGGAAUUCGAGAAUUUCGGCGUGCAUUUUGCUUCAAUGUACCACUCGAUUUUCCCGCCAUUAUCAACAUUGUCGCUUCCGAGCUCUCUUUCGUUCACGCCGUCGCCGUGCUCCUCCGCCGUGGACGACGACGACCACAGCCACAGCCACACCGACGAGCUCCUUUUUGAGGCCGGGCUUGUUCUGGAGAGCCGAGAGCUGUGGGAACAGCACGAUCUGUGCCUCCGGCGCCUCCGCGAGGUGAGUAAGGAGGCGGAUUAUCUCCGGCGAGAGAACGCCCAAAUCCGAUCGGCGAACGCGGAGCUGGUGAAGCUUGUUUCCUCGAAGAUCGGCGUCGACGAUAUAAUCAGUCCGACGAGUGUGAUACGGAACAACAACAACCAGUUCGAGGGGAUGAUCAGGAAUCGCCGCCGUGUAAUCGCUCUUCCGAACAGCAUCUCCGUCCGGUCUGCAACUCCGGCCACCGCUCCACUACUCAACAUCCAAUCGCGUCGGGUGUGCGCUCCGGCGAGUGGCGGCGGAGGGAGUGGGAAGAGAGAGGAGGAGGAGGCGGCGGCGGCAGCGAUGGAGUUGGAGUUGUACAACCAGGGGAUGGCGAAGACAGAGCUCUGCAACAAAUGGCGAGAGACCGGCGGGUGCCCUUACGGCGACCAUUGCCGGUUCGCUCAUGGUGUCGAAGAGCUCCGGCCGGUCAUCAGACACCCACGCUACAAGACACAGAUGUGCAGGAUGGUACUCGCCGGUGACACGUGUCCUUACGGUCACCGGUGCCAUUUUCGUCACUCUCUCAACCACCGGGAGAGAUGAGGAGGAGGAGGAAGAAGAAGAUGAAGAAAAAGAUAUACUCAAAAUAUUAGAAGAAAUAAAUAAGAGGGAAAAAGUUAUUUGGUUUGGUUUUGUGUAGUGUAUAUAAUAA